AUGGACGACCUUGCUCAUGACUCUCGUCCUAUCCAGUCUUUAACUCGCAAGCGCAAGGCCGACUCUGACGACCAGUCCCAAGAUCCAUCAAAUUCCACCCCAUCUUCCUCCCCUCAAGAUCGUUUCGCGCCAUCUGCGACGCCCAGAUGUCCUACCAAACCCACCGACCACCGCGCAUCAGCCCCGUGGCUACUCGUAGACACUGAUCAAGGUAUGGUCCACGCUUGGACACAGCCUGUCUCCCCCUUCGUUGCGCAAGAUUCUGCAGCUGAGAAGCCCUCCAAACCGAAGCGUCCACGCAUCGAUAUACCCAUUAGCCCCCUCUCCCCUAGACGUUUGCGCAGGGGGCGCACACCGCUCAGCCAUUCUGCUCUGUCUCCACGCAGGUACCACCCCCUCCGCCGUCCUCGUGUAGAAACUCGCGACACAGGUAUCGUCUCGGCAACCGAACCGGGCCCCAGCAGAGGCUCUCUGUUGCGUGUCGGCUCCUUCCCUUCUCUUCCUCGCCCUUCAUGUUCCCUUCCCGUUUCACCUAUUGAGCCAACUUCACCGUAUAUACCCCCUCACCAGCCCCCGAUUAAUAGAGAAACACUGAAGGAGUUAGAUCUCGAAGCCAUCCUCCGGAAUCCCCAACUCCGUCACGAUCUGCUAUUUGAUUCAGGGCUCCAGUUCCGUCCCACGUCCAGUCGCAGGAAGCGCGAUCUGGCAGACAACUACUGGCUCGCCAUCGUGCGAGAGUUGGAAUGCGGCUGCACCUGCACCACCCUGGACGCACAAGGUCGACCGUGCGAGCGCAUAUGCGUCUGCAGUAGCUUCCCCCUGCCCACAGCGCGGCCCAUCCUCGCGUUCUCCUCGCCAGAGAACCUCACUACGGUGCGGGUCGCCUCGCGCAUACGACCCCUCCUCUCCGAGCUUCUCGAAGUCCUCGUGUCGAUCAUCCAGCCCGUCAUGUCUACGUCGAACGGCCUGUACAUGCAGCCGGGCGCGCUGCACCACCCGCAGUUUCAGCAGAACGCCGCGCACGUCGCCCUCCUGCGCUCAAUCCUCGAUGCGGACCUGAUCCAACAGGAGCUCGAUCAUGGCCUGUUCGAUCCCUCGGGUAUAUUCCAGACCAUCGGCGAUAUCAUUCGAUGUCACUGUGCCCCCAUGCGUGAUCAUGCUGUCGACCAAAUGGUGGCUCUCGCCAAGUCCUGCACGCCUGGGGGCAAUGGUGGCAAAGUAGAAGCUGUCCGCGCCAUCCGAUUGUGCUUCGAGAUCAUGGAGCUGAUGAAGCUGGAUGUUGCAAACCACCAGCUGCAAACGUUACGACCGUACCUUGUCCAUUCCGCCGCUCAGUACGAGUUGAAAACAUUCCAGGAGAGCGGCAAAAAUGGACGUCUCUCACUUGAUGUCACGCGAAGUUGGCUGCAAGCCGCAUAUGGGGAGCUCGCGGCGCGCAACGAGGCGGCAGCGCUGAGUUCCAAUUCGGCUCUCCACAACUUCGCAAAAUACCCCCGGUGGACGCAGAUACAGAUAGCAGUAACAAACGCGAUCGUGAAUCUCAUCUUCGACCCGCCCUCGCCUUUAUCAUCUUCAUCGCCCACCGUCUCUUCUCCUUCGACUACACACCGUACCCCGCCCUCCGUCACGUCUUUCCCAGGAUACCCCGAGACGCUGUAUCUCGACCACGCGCGGCUCGUCUCGCUCAGCACAGACGCUGCCGACUUCACAACCCUGUACAUGCUCCUCAUGCUCUACCGCCAGCUCGUGUACUCGGCGUCGGGGGCGCGGGCGGACGCGCCGCGUGCGAGCGUGAAGCUCGACGAGCUGCUGCGGCUCAAGAAGGAGAUCUGGGAGAUCGGCCCGCCGCACCUGGGCCACUGGUUCUCGCACGCGCACCGGCGCACGGCGGGUGCCGCCACCGAGCCAGACGCCGAGUGGUGCAAGUGGCGGGACGCGAUGAGCGACGUCGUCCUGCAGGUCGCCAUGCGCGCCAGUGACGUGCAACAGCGCUCGGGCGCCGCCGCGGCGUCGGACGUCCCGUCUUCGCAGCCCCCACCACACGUGCACACGCCCGAUGAGCAGAUGAUCCGUCUUGCGUCGAGCUGGGCGGAGACGAACCUGCGGCAGGACUCGCCGCUGAGCUGCCUUAUGCGCCGGCGGAUUCGCGAGCAGGUGCAGGAGGUGGCGGUGCAGAUCGUCGUGCCGACGCUGCAGAAGGGCGCGGGCGACGCGCUGGCGGCGGCGGAUGUGGGGACGACGAACGGGCUGGAGCCGCUGACGCCCGAGAUCCACCACCUCGCGGAACGGUUGGCGAAGGUGGCGACGAUCCACUUGAACGUGUAUGGCGCGGUGUACACGCAGCCCGGGUUCAUUCCUCUCACUGAAGCUUCUCACUGA